CUGGUAUAUUUAUAUAGACCUUUCUGAUAAAGCAUUUUUUUGAAUACCUUCCUGUUCUCUAGUUCUAACUAUUGAAACAUAGCAAAAAUCAGCUCCACAGGUUGGCUUCUAUCCGGAGUGCCCAGAAUAUGAACAUAUGUUGCUUAUGGGACCAUAAUUAAUGAAUGUGCAUGAAUAAUGUAAAGAGAUGAUAAUUGAAGAUCAACCCAGGGUAAUCUGUCAUAAUUCACUGAAAGUAUGUAACAUUGUAGUGUCUUGUCAAAUGAAGAAAUUAAAAUCUUUUACUUUAUAUUUGGGUUGUGGAUGAAUGGUAGCGAGUGGAGGCACUUCCCCACCUCCCCCUCUGAAUACCACUUUAACCAGCUAUCCCUUCAAUAGCUUAGUGGAUACUGGUUCGAAUCCAGCUCAAUUGUGAUCUGCCUUUUUUCCCCUGGGUGCAAAAAUAAUGCUACCCAGGCAGCCAAUAAAAAUGAUGCUUGAUGCCAAUGUGAUUAAUAAGGAAUAAAGAUAAAAAAAAUAGGAGGGCCGGUAUUUUUUCCCAGCAACUUAAGGCCUUGUGUUUGCAUGGAUGUCCGCAAAUAGGGGCAAGGAGGGGGGCGGCACUUACCACCGCCCUGAAAUUUUACAUACCACACAGCUCACAGCCCUCUGUCCCAGAUUUUUUGAAUGUCCCAUGUUGUUGUGCUUGUCCUCGGUUCUUCUAAGCUCUCUGCUUCUAGAGAAAAAAAAAACUAAGAUGGCCAUGCAAUCCACCGUGAUACACAGAGCCAUCUUUUUUUACAGGUGCCAGGCAGAGAGAAAGACAAGCAACAUGGCAACAACAGAGAAGAAGAACUUUGGUGUUGGUAUUCAGCCUGUGCAAAUGUAGGUAUGCCAUGGCAUUGUCAAACAACCAUAUUUGCCCCGUGUCGAAUUGGAUUUAUAAUAACACUUGUGAAUCUCUGGAAGAUGGAACCUGUUGUACUAUUGAUCAUAUACCCCUUGUCAGUAAAUGCGGAAACCUUCCACCAGAGAGCUGCUUUUUCAGCCUAAUAUGCAGUCUGGGUGCUUUUAUGGUGAUGCUGAUUGGCCUACUUAGAUACGCGUAUGUUAUUGAACACUUCGGCCCCUCUUGGUUGAAUACAGUUGCAUUUAUCUUGGGAUGGAUUUGUGCAGUUGGCCUUACAAUGGUUGGAAGCUUUCAGGUGGAUCAUGCAAAAGUUCUGCAUUAUAUUGGAGCAGGUGUUGCAUUUCCAACUAGCAUGCUGUUUAUUUUCCUCCAGUCCUUCCUGACGUAUCGCAUGGCGCAUGCUUACGGGGGCUGCUAUGUUGGCCAUAUUCGCACCUUUCUCACUCUCUGUGGCCUGGUGAUUCUUGUUCUCAGUGGUGUCUUCUUCAUCCAGGAAGGCUUUGUAUUGCAGCACCUGGCUGCCCUCUGCGAGUGGACCUUUAUUAUCAACAUUCUCAUCUUCUAUGGGACGUUUUCCUUUGAAUUUGGGGCGAUAUCAACAGAUACUUUCCUGGUGCUUCUCAAAGCGAGCAGAGCCCCAAAAAGCUAUAAGGCAGGAACCAGCACCCCUGCUACACCUCAUGCUCACAGUACCUCUGAGAACAUGGCCAUGAUUUGAAAACACUGGACAGUUUGUCAUGUAUGAACAUAAUAGGAAAAUUCCUCUUUUGGUCCUUAAGGAGACAGACCAAUUUACUUUGCAUUGUGGACAAUGAGAAGGGCUAGUCACAUGACCAAAAAAAACCCAAAUAUAUAUAUAAGUAAUUGUUUAGUAAACAAAUUCACAAUUUUGAUAUGUACUAUGUAGUAGUUGAGACGUUAUAAUGAAAAGAUUUAUAUAUAGGGCAUUAAUGCAUCAGCCAUAUACAUUUUUGUAUAUUUUGAUAUAGUAUAUUUCUAUGAUAAAAUUAGCCUAGAACAUGGUCACAUUAACCUUUAGUCUGGCUGUUACUGAAUUACAGUCGCCACAGGAUGGCAGUAGAUUCAGCAACUACCAAGAGGCCUGACUUCCAUUCUCUUGGAUAAAAGACCAAUAGGCCUACGUCAUUUCGUGUAUAUUGUGCAGAUUAUAUAUAUAUAUAUAUA